GCGGUCGUCGGGCCGUGCCAUUUGUCGUGUGGUGGUGAGAUAGGUCGUAGGUUGAAUAACUACUAGGUUGUAGGUUGUAUCUGCAGUGUCGUGAAGAUGCUGAGAGUGUGGCUCGCCUGUGCCGCGCUGGUCGUGAGUGCUGAGGGUGGACUGGCCCCUUUCAUCACCCCAUGCCGUCAAGCCGACAGUGAGUGCCUGAAGUCUUCGACCCAGAAGGCGGUGCCGGUGCUAGCGGGGGGUGUCCCCGCGCUCGGGCUGCCCCCCCUCGACCCCAUGCUGGUGGAGCGGGUGAAGGCCAGCCAGGCCGGGUUAAUUAUGGACUUCAGGAACACGACGGUCAAGGGGUUAAGGAACUGCGCGGUGGAACAUGCGAGGCGGCAGACACACAAGUUGAACCUUGAGAUCAAGUGCUCCGUGACUUUGAAUGGAGACUACAAAUUGGCUGGAAAACUUCUUAUUUUGCCGAUAGAAGGUGAAGGAAAAUACAAAAUAAGAAUCCGUGACAUCGUAGUGAAGAUACUAUUAAACAUGGACACCGUGGACUCCCGUGGCGCGAAGCACUGGAAGAUCACGGAUUGGAAACACUCAUCCGACGUGAAGACUGGAGCCGAGUUCCAGUUCCAGAACUUGUUCAACGGGAACAAACAGUUGUCGGACAGCAUCCACCAGUUCGCCAACGGCAACUGGAAGGACAUCACGCACGAGGUGGCGCCCCCCAUCGUGAAGGCCAUCGUGACCCGCAUCGUGGAUGAUACGCAGAAGUUCUUCAUGGCUGUGCCGGCCAACCAGCUCGCUUUAGACUAGGGGUUAAAGCGAAUAAGGGCGAGGAUACCCAUUAGUGCGUUGCGUCGCCGUCGUCGCAGAGUCACAACGCAACAAUGGGGCCUUAUUGUCCCUCACCGGGAGCAUUCACGUGUACUGUACCAUUAUAGUUUGAGCACCCUGAAGAGUGUUUGCGUGUAAUGCAAUAUUGACUUAUUGGGAUAGGGGAAGUGAAGCGCAUUGAUGACGAGUUGUAUCAAGGUAUUACAUUAUUGUAUCAUUAUCAUUACAGGUCCGCAUUGUAAUGCUCUGUUCUCCUCCUUCAAUGUUGUAAUGCUCAAAUAUGUAACGUUACAUAACACGCGAAUGCUCCCGGUAAGAAUUAAGCACUUUAAGGAAUAUCGGAACGUAGUUGGUAUAAGCUUAAGGUAUGUUAUAAGAUAGAGUUUACCCAGAAUUGAUGACGAACCUUCAUUUCUAGACUGUUAUGAUAUUGUACAAGCAGUACGAUUUUAAGUACUAGGUAUAAUGUUUAAAAUGUUAAUCUAGGGCAUGGAAUACAGACAAGAGUGUACGAUCUCCAAUUAAUUUUUGAUGAUAUUUAUAUAAGUAUAUAAAUUUAUCUGGAUGCCUAGGUCAAUAUUUCAGGCACCGACUGAAAAACAAGAUAGAUUUUUUGUAUGAGACUACUUAAUAAGACUGGAAAUUAUCAUCGGACUGGUUGAAAUGCUGUACAUAGGUACGAGUAUUUAGUAUAACAUAGCUGAUAAUUGAUUGU